CCUGCUCAUCGCCGUCGUCUGGUUUUCUUUUCUCGCCCUUUUCCUUUGACUUUCCCUUAUCCAGCGUUGUGCUCUCUGUCCACUCUCUCCUCUUCAUAGACUAUCUCUAUCUUUCAUUUCUUUCUUCGUUCCUUUGUUUUCUCCUCUCCCUUUUCAGUAAUUUGUCACACCUGCAUAGGCAGAUGCCCUAAUUGGCUCUCCUCCUUCUCCCAACGUAACAUUCCGAUAUCCCGAACCAGUCACACACAUUUUAGUGGCCUAUUCCGACUUUCCCCUCUACGACCGUAUAAUCCCUCAAGACAAAACCCCCAGUUGCCCGUGAAACAGCUUCCAUCAACCUUGCUCGAACCCCCGUUCUCCUCCAGUUCAUCUUCUUCUGCCUUACACGUUUCGGGUGUUGUCAGCGUGUCCCGCGCUCCUCGCGUGACUCUUUGCCAGCCUUGUCAGCACUCAACCGAACCCCACGCGGAUCUCCGGUCAGCAACUCCGCGCUGCGCUCUCAAGAAAUCAUUCUGUGCAUAUAUAUCAACUCUCUCUCUAUAUAUAUUCUUCUAUCUCCGUUCAUGCGUUUUUGGCCAAGGGAUGCUUCGUUAUUACAGUCAGGGCUACAAUAGAAGACCGAACUGCGCGCCGGAUAAUGACUUCAGCAUGGAUUUAUAACCCUUUCGUUGCCUCUCUUCCAGACCAUUGCGAACCCUCCUCUCCCUUCUUAACCUUUAUCUCUUCUCAUCUACAUACAUGUAUUCCGACUCCGCUCGCCCUGAUCUCCUCUACCUUGGGAACCCUGAGCAUCGUUUCCUGGCUCUUUGCGCAGCUGCCGCAGAUAUACAAGAACUAUAAACUCCAGUCGACUUCCGGCCUCUCGAUAUGGUUCCUGAUUGAAUGGUGUCUGGGCGAUUCAACCAACCUACUAGGAGCCAUAUUAUUAUAUCAGGCGGGGUGGCAGAUUACUGUUGCUGCCUACUAUGUCUUAGUUGACGUAGCGUUGGUAAUCCAGUACUACUUCUAUACAUAUCUCAAGGAAUGGCAAAUACGAAGACGUGGUUAUACGUAUACUGGAGAUCUGGGGUAUGACGAUGGAGAUAUGUACAAUGGUAUUAUACCCACUGGGGAGAAUACAAUUCUGGGAUUGUCCCCUGGCUCGAUGCAGCCUUCAGAACCAAAAAUUGCCGCCUCGAACAAGGGUUUGGAAGUUGAUUCUCCAUUGGGCGGCUCUCUGUCGCGCCCCAAUGAGAAACAACGCUCACCUUCCCGAACCAUCUACCGUGUUGGAGGCAGCAGCAGCGCCACACCCUCCAGUUCCCCUCGAACUAUCUUGUUUCUCUCCAUGCUAUGUGCCGUUCUUGCCAAUGCAGCAGCUACUAACCCCGCGGAGCUGAACCGCCCCAUAUUCCCACAGUCCCAAGCAGAUGCUAGACAAAUAGCCGGCAGAAUUGCAUCCUGGUCGUCGACUCUUUUAUACUUAGUAUCCCGUAUCCCACAACUCUACAAGAACUACGGCCGCAAAAGCACCUCAGGCCUCUCACCACUUCUCUUCUUUGCAGCCUUCUGCGGUAACUUCUUCUACUCAACCUCACUCCUCACCAAUCCAAACGCAUGGUCAGAUCUACCCGCCUACGGAGGUGGUGGAUGGGUUGGCGAAGAAGGCAACAACAGACUAGAAUGGAUUGGCCGUGCGAUACCAUUUUUCCUGGGGGCGUUCGGGGUCUUGGGCAUGGAUGGGGCUAUGGGCAUUCAGUUCAUGAUCUACAAGAAGAAGAAUGAAGAUGCCGAUGUCGAUGUCGCCAUCAAACUACAACCUGCAGGACCAGGUAGAUGGCGAAGGGUUAGCGUGUGGAUCAAAGGCUGGAUUCCAUCCGCUCCUCCCGAACCGAAAUACCAAUCUCCAGAAACGGAGGCGCUUAUGAUAGAUGAGCAGGAUAGAUAUGGUGCGGUUUGACAUAUUCCAUGCUACUGUCUAGAGACAUUGAUUUCUUUACUUUUGCUGUUUUCCCGCUCUGUUCCGUUUUUUUAGAAGCCCGAUUCCUUUCCCCCCUUGGCGCGUUCUGAUUCUGAAUUUCAUACUUUAUUGCGGUUUACUGGGUACUUUAUAACUAACAAGAUGACCAAGAACCACACCCGCCAGGCGUUCUUGGACAUUAUUUGCUUUACUUGAUACUUCUGACCUUGGCCUUGAGCAUUGCCGCUAUUUUCUCUGCGUCUGCGUUUCUACUUCGGGUAUACCUUUUUCCUCGUCCUGUUGCAUCAUCAUUACACUAGAAGAUGACUAUAGGAUGGCGUUUCAAGCAGGCAGCUAGCUACUUACUUUGUGGUUUAUUUCCAAGAUUUACUUCCUUUUUUUUUUCUUGUCUUUUUUCUAGACUUUGCAUGCCCGCGUAUCAAUCUUACUUUGAAUACCCCCAAGAUAAUUUCUUGCAAUAAAUACAUACAUACACACAUGUGUGCCUAGAUAUACACAUAUACUCCUUAAACUCAUAUCAUCCAGCAACCUGGGAUCUUAGAUGUUUCUCCUUUCAACUACACUUGAACUUUUAACUAGCCCCGUUCAUGUGUCAGAUGAGAUCUUUCAGAGGCUCUAGUGGGGCUAUUUAUAAAUAGGCUGCAAAUUCAUAGAUAACACUUUGGUUUUACAUUACUACUUCAUUUUACGAUUUGUAGAUAUAUUCAGGAAAGGUGACUAGUCGCAAGUUUGACAUAUGGUCUUAUUAUUUUCAUU